GUCAUUGUAAACAAGAGAGACUGGGAUUCAAGAGUUUUGUUUCCCCCGUGAGCAGUUUUUUUAAAGGAAAUUCGUCUUGGUUGAGUUAUUAUAGAGUACUGCGCCUCCUGAUCCAUAAUGGAUGCGCAGCCAUCACCCACUUCCCCGGGCUGGAUCAAGCCUGGAGAUGUCAUGCGUGUGAGGAAACUGAAGGCCAAGCGCAAGGCUCUGCAAGCACGUAUGAGUGCCCUUACGCCCUUGCAAAUCCUGGCCCCGGCAAAGGGGCUCAGCGAUGCCACAGAAGGCCGUGGAAUCAAGAGAAGAAAUCCAUUCAAAUGUUCCCCCAACAAGAAGCAACGAGCGGAAGAAGACGGUGACCUGGAGAUAACGAGCGACGCAUCCCUCUUUCGGAUGCUGAGUCCGUCUGCGCCUAAGCAGAAGGCGUCUUCACAGCAGGUCUACAGUUUCUCCAACAUCCUCAAGUUGCAACAGCAGGAGGAACUCUCACUCGAGACAGAAGAAGUUCCUUCUGUGACGUGGACAGAGCAGCUGGCAGUCGACUGGAGCCUCAAGAGCAGAGUGCGAUUCAAGUCAACCAAGCCCCUCCCAUGGAAACACAACUUUAAGACAUCAGAGGAAGCCUCAGGGACAACAGGCUUUGUACGCUGCUUGAACUCCACAUCAGACAACAGCGAAGACAGAACCCUUGACACAUCGCCAAAUGCCCAGUUCUAUCAGUGUUGCCUCAUCUGGCAGUACCCCAGUCUGCCCUGGCUCCAGCUCUUUCCCCGAGACAACCUGAAGGCUACGACACAAACGGGACUCUUCGGCACUGACAAGAAACUGGGAGACGCAAUUCAUGCCGAGUGCCACUUCCUGGCUAGAAAAUCUUGGGGUCGAAACCUCGCAGUUCCCCAAUUUGAACCCCAAUCGUGUGAAAUUGGAAAGAGAAAAGUUCAAGAAUGUAGACAAGACUGCAGCAUCCCUGGUGUAUGUAGAGGGCAUGGAGACCCAGGGCCUCAUUAACUUCCUCUUGAACAGCCGCAGUUGUGUGGGUACCACAGGACUCCUGGCCGGAGUGCCACCCACUCUCCUAUCCCCUGUGGCCUUCCAGGGCAGCACACUGAAGACACUCAAGGCCAAAGGAAGUGUGAUCCGGCAGGAGGGUGACAUGCACCAUAGCAUGGAGGUGUCAGGCCCCAUCCUGCCACACACUGUGCAUCAGCUGUGCUCCCUCCUCUCCCUAGCGACAGACAGCUACACCCUCUCACUCGUUCCUGUUCCAUCCACACUCCCCUUCUCGCAGCACAGCCACCAUGAUGCGACUGCAGCUCCUCAGGCUUUUGCACAAGAGGGCCUGGUGGACUGUGGGUUCGAUGCCAGCGUGCGCUCCCUCAUAUGCACACCACGUAGAGCAGAACAAGAGGAGACAGACUUGCCGUCAACAUACCGUGAAGUUACAUACAAAGAUAAGAAGUUCACGUGGACUGACAAAUUACAAUGAGAGUGACGUUAGGCUUCAUUUUGUACAA